GAAGAAAAAACAAUUGAUGCCAUAUUUAGUCUUUUCACUGAACCCAGAAUUGAGUGUGAGAAGAAGGCAGGCGCAUUAGAUCCAUCCGGGUCAGAGUCUGGAUAUGUGGACGGUUUAAUUAUGGAAGACGUGGUCUCAAAAAAGCCACAGGCUAUAGAAGAUACCUUCUUAGCUCCAUCACAGACUUCAACUAAUGUGGUGGACCACCCGCAUGCUUCAGACAAGCAAAACCAAGAUGCAAAGGUCCAUCGACUGGAGGUGGCUAUAGACAAGGCAUCAUCAGAUCCUUUCACAGAGAAGUCAAGUUUAAGUGGAUCUGAUCAGAACAAAUGUGAUUUAUGGAUUAGUCCCAAUGAAAAAAAGGCACUGUCUUCUUCCAUAUGUGUGCUCCCUAUAGUGGACCCACUCACUCCAACUUUGGCAAUUAAUGAGGAUGAAUCACAGCAAAAGCAGGCUGCAAGUGUACAGUGUGAGCAACAGCCUGAUAAUUCUGCUGAGGGCAUCUGUCCUCCACUUGAGAUUAAGCUGCUCCCUGAGAACAAAACAGAAAUGCUAAACUCACCAAAUUCGGAAGUAAUGUGUGAGCAGCAUUCAGAGAACAACAUCAUGACAGAAGCAAUCACGACAUCACUGAAAAAGGAACAGACAGAGAGUUUGCCUUUAACUUCAACAGAGAUCAUCCUGAAAGUGGAUCAGCCUCACCAGGCAUGCCCUGCUUUUGGUGGCCCCUGUGACGAAGGAUCACUUGGGUCUUCCACCAUAUCUGUAGCACAGGAUGAUCCUCCAACUCCGUCGAACACCAAAGAAGACAAGCAAACAGACGGGCCUUCAAAUUUAACUGUGGAUGAAAAUCACAGUCAUAUUACUGUUGAUGCCUUUCUCCCAGCCAGAGCCGAGACAAAUAUUAAAAAAGACACAAUAUCCUCCAUGGAAGCCUCAUAUUUAUCAUCCUCAACAGACAAGACUGAUACAAAAGAAGACCCCUUUCCUGUAAUGAAAAGUCCACACAUUCAAACAGAGGCUGUCUCAGUUGUAUCAGAAACCAGAAUGAUCGUUUCAGAUGACAUUGCACAGUCUCAAGAGAAACAAACCAAAGGAGACAAGCUUCAUCUACAGGAUCGGAAAACAAACUCAGGUCCUUUGUCGCAAUCUGUUGUAAAGGAAGAAGGGGCAAACCAGUCUGGUCAAAACUCUGCUUUAGAGCAAGUCCAAAAUGUCCCUAAGACCAGGCCUGUCUCUGAGCUGAUAAAGGAGACAAUUCAGUUGCAUGAAAAGAUGAAGACCCAGGACAGGACAAAGCCACCCGAGGUAAAGGCCGAUGUUUUGGAGCAGGGGCAGUCAGUGAGGGUGGCACAGAUGAAGAAGGCCUUUGAUCCUCCCAAAAAAGAAAAACCACUCGAGAGGAAGCCAACAAAAAAAGAUAUGUUCAGACGAGUUGUACGACAGAGCAAAUUCCGUCACGUCUUCGGCCAGGCUGUGAAGAACGACCAAUGUUACGAUGACAUCCGGGUCUCGCGUGUCACCUGGGACAGCUCCUUCUGCGCAGUCAACCCCAAAUUCGUCGCCAUAAUCAUUGAGGCCAGUGGUGGCGGCGCGUUCCUGGUCCUCCCUCUUCACAAGACCGGCCGCAUUGACAAAGCCUACCCAACGGUGUGCGGCCACACAGGGCCCGUGCUGGACAUCGACUGGUGCCCGCACAACGACCAGGUCAUCGCCAGCGGCUCUGAGGACUGCACUGUGAUGGUAUGGCAGAUCCCUGAAAAUGGACUGACCACUUCCCUGGCUGAGCCUGUGGUAGUUUUAGAGGGGCACUCCAAGAGGGUGGGCAUCGUCACAUGGCACCCCACGGCCCGCAACGUCCUUCUCAGUGCUGGCUGCGACAACCUGAUCAUCAUCUGGAAUGUAGGCACCGGCGAGGCCUUGAUCAACCUGGAGGACAUGCACCCUGACGUCAUCUACAGCGCCUGCUGGAACCGCAACGGCAGCCUCAUCUGCACCGCCUGCAAGGACAAGAAGAUCCGCGUCAUCGACCCUCGCAAGGAAGAGAUCAUCGCCGAGAAGGACAAGGCCCAUGAAGGGGCGCGGCCCAUGAGAGCCAUCUUCCUAGCCGAUGGCAACAUCUUCACCACGGGCUUCAGCCGCAUGAGCGAGAGACAGUUGGCCCUCUGGAACCCGCAAAACAUGGAGGAGCCAAUUUCAGUGCAUGAGCUGGACACAAGCAAUGGAGUUCUUCUUCCCUUCUACGACCCUGACACCAAUGUGGUCUACCUGUGUGGAAAGGGUGACAGCAGCAUCCGCUACUUCGAGAUCACAGACGAGGCGCCCUUCGUCCAUUACCUCAACACUUUCACCACCAAGGAGCCUCAGAGGGGCAUGGGCUACAUGCCCAAGCGUGGGCUGGAUGUCAAUAAGUGUGAAAUCGCCAGGUUUUAUAAACUGCAUGAGAGAAAAUGCGAGCCUAUUAUUAUGACUGUGCCAAGAAAGUCGGACUUGUUCCAGGAUGACUUGUACCCCGACACGGCAGGGCCCGACUGCGCCCUGGAGGCAGAGGAAUGGUUUGAGGGAAAGAACGGCGACCCCAUCCUCAUUUCCCUCAAGCACGGUUACAUCCCCGGCAAGAACCGCGACCUCAAGGUGGUCAAGAAGAACAUCCUGGAUAACAAGCUGACCAAGAACACGGAGAACACAGGCCCCGCCCACAAGACGGCAGCCCCCACCCCAUCUAUAAAAAACGAAGCCAAGCUGGAUGAGAUCCUGAAAGAAGUCAAAUCCCUCAAGGACCUCAUCAGCAGUCAGGAGAAGCGAAUCAUCAAACUAGAAGAGCAAAUGUCCAAGGUUGCGAUCUAAGUAACCUCCCCUGCCAACCGUUCAGGACGAUCCAUUGGCUGGGAGGUGGGCGGGGCCCGUCACUGCCAAUCUUGACAGCGUUCCGCCUGAAGCCCGCCGAGCAAUGAUCCCAAGCAACAUUCCAAGAUGAACUUUUUCUUAUCCCUCUGCCCCUCACCCACAGCCCCAUUACAACACACAAGGAGAAAGAGAGAAAGAAAAGGCAAACUCUUGCAAUUAAUAUUCCAGCUUUUUAUUAAAAAAAUCAUACCUUUGUAAUAAGUGGCAAUUUGUCUUUUUUAAUGGAGAAGUCUUAAUUUUAUCUUAUAUUUUAAAUUGUGACCAAGAAAAUUCCGACAUGAACAGUUUUUAUUUACUGUGGUAUACCCAAAUGUUUU